UUCUGUCUUCAUCUCCUUCAAAAAAAAAUUCAAGAAUGGUGAUAGGGCAACAAGCAAGAAAAGCGGCGGCGGCGGCCGAGUGCCCGAAGAAAGUAGCGGCCCUAAUCGACCUCGUCAAUCUCCCCUCCAAUCUCAGGGGUUUCGUGGGCCAAUCCCAGAUCUCCCGCCUCCACUGCUUCAUCCGCGUCUGGGCCCACAUCAAGUCCGACAAUCUUCAAGACCCCAACAACAAGAACGUGGUCAACUGCGAUGAGAAGCUGAAGGCGAUCUUUUUGGGGAAGGAGAAGGUCGAGCUUGCUGAGCUUCCAGGGCUAGUCAAGCUCCAUUUCCCAAAGGGGCUGAAGUGAUUGUAACACGGCAUUAUAGUUAUUGCAGUGGCUGAGGCAUCGCUAAGUGUUUCAGGCACAAAUUCAUCUUAAACAGAGGGUACACUUGUUGCCUGGCUACUAAUUAAGUUCCGUCAUGCUCAUCAAACAAGCAGCUAUCAAUGCUCCGUCCAAUCGAGCAGACAACAGUUGUUCCUUUAAUUUCUGGCAAUGAUCUUUGUUGUUAAACAACAUCACUUUGUACAUUUAUCACGAGAUAUGUUGUGAUGUUGAAUAAAAUAUAUGAUUUUGCA